ACAGCACAGUAAAUGCCCAACUCAUAAAAUGUGAUUCUAAUAUUAAAAAUUCGUUCUUGGCUUGAUCAAUCGACUUUCGACGAGGGCAAGCUCUCACCUUUGAAGCCCCAAUUUUGAAGAUUAAGAGAUGUCUGUACUUCUUUUUGGCUCUUCUGAAGAUGUUGUUAGUUUAUGCUCAGCAGGAUAUAACUGGCCUGACAGAAACUGAGAGGAUGAAACGUAAUAAUAGUGUUUAUCCCGCUGCACUUAACUGUGAUGACAUCCUGCAUGAGAUCCUACUUCGAAUACCACCACCAACUAUCUCCAAAUUAAUUAUCGUAUCAAAAAUAUGGCUGCGUGUGAUAUGCAGUCCUUCAUUUCGUCAAUGCUACGUGAGGCAAUGGGGACAAAGUUUUCGACUUUUGGGUUUUUUUGUAUGCAAUUUUUUAUAUCUUGGAAGACCUCGUGAUGGCUAUCGUCGCCCUCGUUGGGAGCCUGCCCUCCCAAUCUUGUCCACUUGCAAAGACGGUGAUGAUUUGAAACUUUCUGGAAUCCUCAAACAUCUUGGGUACUUCGUUGAUAGUUCCAAAGGCAUUAUUCUUUCUGGUUUCCAUCCAAAGGCAUAUUAUGUGUACAAUACUGUGACCAAGCAAAAGUAUGAACUCCCAGAACCUCAGCAAUUCUAUAAAGUUCUGUGCAUGGCAUUGAUUGUUGAGGAAUAUCUGGAUAGUGACAUAUGCUACAAGGUGAUCCGUGCAAGAUGUGAAUGCAAACUAAAGGAACGCAACACUGUCUCAAUUGAGACUUACUCAUCAAAAAGUAGACAAUGGAAGCAAUCCACUCUGAUGUGCUCCACAACCUUAGCAUUGUGCCCGAGGACGGCAGCUAUGGUGGUUGGAGGGGUUGUACACUGGUUUGCAAUGUGGGGAAAACUUGCCAUUUAUGAUCCUCGUCUUGGAGACAGGUAUAUAGCCUUGAUAAAACUACCAACAGGUGUGUUAACACACGAGCAUGAGGAAUCUGUUCUUGGGGAGUCAUCUGAUGGGCUUUUGCAGUAUGGCCAGAGCAAUAACUUGGGUCUGGAGAUAUGGAUACUUGAGAAGGAAGCAGGAGCCAACUCAUCUAUUUACUGCAACUGCACUCAUCUGAAGUACAAGUGGAUUCUGAGGUGGAGAUUAAACUUUAAAGUAUUAUGGAAGCAGAUGCCGUCUUUAAGCACACAUUCUAAAGAAACUCAGAUAUUGUCAUUCCUUCCUCAGAAUUCUACAUCUAUCUUCAUUAGGUCGGGGUGGAACAUUUUGCUGUGUGAUUUGGAGACCAAAACGGUGGAAAUUGUUAAUUAUCAGGGUCGUGGAGGUACCAUUUCAUGGGAAUCUAGCAAAGUAGUUCCUUACUUUCUACCAGCUUGGCCACACACUUCCUCGGUGUCGGUGUCAUGACAUCAUGGAACAAGGGAAAACUUGUCGUUUUUCAAUCUAUAUGCACUUGGUCUUUUCAAUCUAAAAGUUAAGGGUUUGUUUUUAUUUUCUGAUUUCACUUUUAAUUAGAAAACUAUCAUCUUGUUUUCAAUCUAAAAGUUGUUUUCACUAGUUUCUAUACAAAUCUUUGAAAACUGGAAAUAAAUUGAAAACAAGGUAACAAUUUUAUAAUUAAAAGUAAAAACCAAAAAACAUUUUGUCAAAGUAAACGGACCCUACGCUUUAAACUUGUUUGUUCUGUUUUGAAGUCUAGCCAUAGUAUUAGUAGGUCCUUCAUUUCUCUUGUACAUGCCUAGAGGUUGCUGUUUUAUCAAAACGCUGAAAAAUAUUACUCUUUUGAUUGUGUUCUAUUUAGUCUUCUCGUAGAAGAAUUCAGAAUUGCAGCCUGAUACAGUCGCAACAAGCUGCAUAUAAUGGUUUCCAAAGAUGAAGAUGCAAGACUCUUGUUUUUAACCGUUUUUGUUUGGUUUUGUUAAAGUAGAAUUUGAAUAUAGUUUUGUUUGAUUAUGGUAACUAUGUAUAUGAAUUUCAUACAUUGAAAACUGAUGUCCUUUAGCAAAACACAUUCGGUGUGCUCAAGGGUGGUAGUUUUGUUUCUACUAGAGAACAGCACCAGUGGAAGCUAUUCUACGCUAGUUUUCAUA